AUGGUUGCAGCACUAUCGGCCGUGAUCAACAGUUUCCGUGAGAGACGAAUCGCGUUCGGAGGUGACAUAAGGGAAAUGUUUCACCAGGCACUAGUUCGUCCGGAGGAUCGGCAGGCACAGCGGUUCCUUUUCCCAGGUCCAAAUGGGGAAGUGGAAAUCUUCGUGAUGGACGUCGUGAUUUUCGGAUCGAAUUGCUCACCCUGUUCGGCACAAUUUGUGAAGAAUCUGAACGCCCAAGAGCACGCUGGUGAGUUCCCUGAAGCAGCGGAUGCUAUCAUCCGGAAACAUUACGUCGAUGAUUACUUCGAUAGCGCGGAUACUGAAGCGGAAGCAGUGAGAAGAGCUACCGAUGUGCGGAAUGUACAUGCCAGAGGAGGUUUCGAGAUCAGGAACUGGGUCAGUAACUCGAAGGAAGUUUUGCGGCAGCUUGGAGAGGCGGAUAGUAUGGUGAAGGCGCUCGAAGUGGACAAGGGUAGUCAAACGGAGAGAAUUCUUGGAGUGCUCUGGGAUCCUGAAGAAGAUGCAUUUUCCUUCUCCACGGAGAUUCGGGACGAUCUGCAGCCAUAUGUUCGAGAAGGUGCCUGGCCUACGAAAAGGAUCGCGUUGAGAUGCAUAGCUAGCAUGUUUGAUCCCAAACAGUUUCUUGCUCCAUUGUUGAUUCACGGGAGGAUCAUAACACAGGAUCUGUGGCGUAGCGGAAUCGGCUGGGACGAAAGACUAAAAGAAGAACACUACAAGCGGUGGCAGCAGUGGACAAAGUUGUUCUAUCUUAUCGACGGAAUACGAGUUCCUCGAUGUUAUCUCACGUUUUCACCGAUGCUGGAGAUGCAGCGUAUGGGUGCGUCGCCUACUUUAGAUUCGACUACGGCGAAGUCAUUCACUGCGCAUUCGUCGAAGCGAAGGCAAAGUCCGGUGAAGAGAAGAUUCCUGUGGUGUGACUCCGAUACGGUGGUUUCCUGGAUAAAGUCCGACCAACGAAGGUACAAACCCUUUGUCGCCCACCGGAUAGGAGAGAUAGUCAGCAUCACAAAUCCAAAAGAGUGGCAUUGGGUGGGAACGAAAUGUAAUCCUGCCGAUGACCUGACGAAGUGGGGCAAGGGAACAGAGAUCAAAUCGGAGAGCCGAUGGUACCGUGGACCUGAUUUCCUAUACCGAGGAGAAGAAGAGUGGCCGAAGCAGGAUCGUCUGGGAGUUGAAGUAGCCGAAGAGCUCCGAGCGAGCGUGCUACUUCACCAUAUUGUGUUGCCCGAUAGCCUGAUCGAGAGGAUGUGCCAUAUCUCGCGUUGGCCAGUGAUGGUACGAACGGUUGCUACGGUAUUCCGUUUCAUUUCAAAUUGCCGUCGCCGUGUACAGAAGAAGCCGAUUGAAGCUUUAUGGGGGAGUAGCAAGCGAUCCGGAGUACGAGGGUUCCCGAGUGUUGAAGUGCCGUUACAACAGAAAGAAUAUCUGGCGGCGGAGAAUCUUUUGUGGAAAGCUGUGCAAGCAGUGAACGAAGUUCGGCAGCGGUUCUACAUACCCAGGCUACGGGUACAAAUCGACAAGGUUAUGCGAGCAUGUACUUGGUUCAAUAUUCGGAAGGCAAAGCCAUCAGUGCCGAGAAUGGCACCCCUGCCGAGGCAGCGCUUAGCAGCGAGGGUCGAUCCGUUUGCCUACGUAGGUAUCGACUACUUCGGGCCGCUGGAAGUGUCCAUUGGACGAAGGAAGGAGAAAAGGUGGGUAGCACUUUUCACGUGUAUGACAACGCGUGCGGUACACCUGGAGGUGGCGUACAGCCUUACGACGGAGUCGUGUAAAAUGGCGAUCAGGAGGUUUGUGAAGCGACGCGGCAGUCCGUCCGAAAUCUUCUCCGACAACGGCACGAAUUUCGUGGGAGCCAAUCGAGACCUAAUGAGAGAGCUGAAUGCGGGUUGUGCAGACACAUUUACCAGUGCGAAGACCAGGUGGACGUUCAAUCCUCCCUCAGCACCACACAUGGACGGAGCUUGGGAGAGAAUGGUACGCUCGGUGAAGGAUGCAAUGAAGGCGUUCAUCGAUGACGGACGAAAUGUUGCAAACCGUGCUGUUUGA